AUGGUCGUUCUCACUGUGAACACAACUGUCUUUACUUCCUCUAUCUUUUCAACCUCACCCAACCCAAAACCCUUCAUCCUCCAACCCCUCAAACGCCACCUACCGUUACUUAAACCUUUCAAAUGCCUCCAACGCCGUUCAAGUUCGUUCAAACUUAACCCUGUGAUUUCCGGCUCCGCGCUCACCGCCUCUGAGCUCGCCGUUCCGUCGAAACUCGAGCACCUCUAUGCCGAGUUCCGGUCGCUGCGGGAGCCUGCGGAGCGGGUUAAGCGGCUGCUAAGCUACGCGGCGGCGAUGGCGCCGAUGGCGGAAUCGGGUCGGGUCGACGAGAACCGGGUGAUGGGGUGCACCGCGCGCGUGUGGGUGGAGGUGGGGAUCGACGAGGAGGGGAAGGUGCGGGUGGCGGCGGACAGUGAUUCGGAGAUCACGAGGGGGUUCUGCGCGUGUCUGGUGUGGGUGCUGGAUGGUUCGGAGCCGGAGGAGGUUAUGAAAGUGAGCACCGAUGAUUUGGUUGGUCUGAAUGCGGGGUUGCCGGGAGGGAGUGGGCGUUCGAGGAUGAACACGUGGCACAACGUGCUGAUCAGCAUGCAGAAGAGGACCAAGCAGCUGUUGGCUCGGAGAAAAGGGAAGGUUCCCUUUGAGCAUUUUCCUUCCUUGGUUGUUACCUCUGAUGGGGUUUUUCCUAAGGGUAGCUAUGCUGAAGCCCAGGCAAAAUAUUUGUUCCCUGAUGAAUUAAAAGUUAAUGAACUAGUCAAUGUGCUGAAAGAGAAGAAAAUUGGUGUCGUUGCACACUUUUACAUGGAUCCUGAGGUGCAAGGCAUUUUAACUGCUGCUCAGAAGCAGUGGCCACAUAUCCAUAUAUCUGAUUCACUUGUCAUGGCAGAUACAGCAGUUAAAAUGGCAAAAGCUGGAUGCCAAUUCAUAACAGUGUUAGGUGUGGAUUUUAUGUCAGAAAAUGUCCGUGCCAUCCUUGAUCAAGCUGGUUUUAGUGAGGUUGGCGUGUAUAGGAUGUCAAAUGACCAAAUUGGCUGUUCACUGGCUGAUGCUGCAGCCACUCCUACUUAUAUGGAAUAUCUUUCAGCGGCUUCUAGGUCUACUUCUUUGCAUGUCAUAUACAUUAACACUAAGUUAGAGACAAAGGCAUUUGCUCAUGAGCUUGUGCCUACAAUAACCUGUACUUCAUCAAAUGUUGUCCAGACUAUCCUACAGGCAUUUGCUCAAGUUCCAGAUUUGAGCAUAUGGUAUGGACCUGAUUCUUACAUGGGUGCAAAUAUUAAAGAAUUGUUCCAACAGAUGACGAAGAUGACUGAUGAAGAGAUUGCUGCAAUACAUCCGGAACACAGUCAAGACUCUAUUAGAUCGGUAUUACCACGACUUCACUAUUUCCAGGAUGGAACAUGCAUUGUUCACCAUCUAUUUGGCCAUGAAGUCGUGGAGAAUAUAAAAGAAAUGUAUUGUGAUGCGUUCCUCACUGCUCAUCUUGAGGUUCCUGGAGAGAUGUUUUCAUUGGCAAUGGAAGCAAAGAGAAGGGGAAUGGGCGUAGUAGGCUCCACUCAAAAUAUUUUGGAUUUCAUAAAGGAUAGGGUUCAGGAAGCUUUGGAUAGAAAUAUAAAUGAUCAUCUCCAAUUUGUCUUAGGAACAGAAUCUGGGAUGGUGACUUCAAUUGUAGCUACAGUUCGUAGUUUGUUGGAGCCUGCGAAGUCCUCUCCUGAAAAGGCUAAAGUUACUGUUGAAAUAGUCUUUCCGGUUUCGUCUGACUCAAUCUCAAAAACAUCCUCAAGUUUAUCCUCGGAUGCUCAUUCUGUUAAGGUGGGUGAUGUUAUACUUCCUGUUGUACCAGGAAUAGCUAGCGGGGAGGGUUGUUCCAUUCACGGUGGCUGUGCAUCUUGUCCAUACAUGAAGAUGAAUUCUCUCAGCUCACUGCUGAAAGUUAGCCAUCACCUACCUGAUGAAGAAAAUAUCCUCUCUGCAUACAAGGCAGAGCGAUUUAAGUUGCAAACACCAAAUGGCAAAUCAGUGGCAGAUGUUGGAUGUGAACCUAUUUUGCACAUGAGGAACUUCCAGGCUACUAAAUUGCUUCCAGAGAUGCUCUUCCAAGUUGCAAAAGCUAGGUCCGUGCAUGGUCUUUGCUUCUAUAUCAUUAAUACAACCAACCAGAUUUUGUUGUUGGUAGAUUCCCUUGCAAAGGUCAGUUUUGUAAUCGAUUCCUCAAUUGCUCACAUGGUGUUGGUAGAGGGUGAGGAAGUAGCUCAUGCUGUGUUGAAAAUCAAAGUGUUGUGGUUGGACACUGAGAUUUUGCAAUUUGACGCUAGUGGGUUUGCUUUAUUCCCUUUAGCAGGCCCAGAUGGGGAAGAAAUUGCGUCCCACUAG